AUGACGUACGCGCAACUCAUCUACAUCGCACUCCACAGCACAGAAAAAAAGGCGAUGGGACUAGGCGAACUCUACCACUGGUUUGAGCAAAACACCAGGAGAGCCCACAAGGGAGGCGAAGGAUGGAAAAACAGCGUUCGUUCGAACCUGAGCGUAAACAAGGCCUUCCAACGAGUGGAACGUAAAGGCUCCCUCUGGCAGCUCGCGGAGGCAGGGUUGACGGAGUUCCAACCAACGCGUAAGCCCCGAUCGGAUCGACGAGCGAGUCGCAGGAAAAAGGCAGAGGGAUUAUACCAAUGGAAGAUCAGCGUAGCAUCGCCUCCUCCGCCUUGCGCACUCACUCUGCAGGAUCACUCGAACAAAAAUGUGUCUGGAAGUGAUUGCGGCGACGAUAGGUUUUGGUCAUUUGACGGCGGCUUCACGUCGCCCGAGAGCAGCCAGCCUGAAAGCGGAACCUCUACCGAUUAUCCAACGCCGGUGCCGAUUACUUCGACGCAAGAUGGCUUGGAGCAGCUGCAUGAUCCGCUAUGGGCCUGGAACCUGGAUAGUGGGCGCUACGUCCACUGGCCCUACUGCAGCUGCCUCUGUGGCCGACCAAACUUUUGUUGGACAGACGUGAAUGAAAUGGUGCCAUUAUGCGCCCCGACAGCGUUUGCUCCCAUGUGGACGAGCAUGGGGGUGGGUUCUAGUCCGCCGUCGGAAACGUGCGUGCAAUGGGAGGUCUGA